AUGGCCGGAACAGUAGUUGUUCCCAUGCAAAAGAUGCAGCUGAUCAAAGGAGAACGCCACCUUUUCUCAUCCUCAGACGACAGUGUGGUAAUGAAGCAGAUCAUGGCGACACAUGCGCCGGACAGCCGUGAGGUGGAUGUAAGGCCCAUCUUGGAUAUUGUUGAAGAUAUCUUGAAAAGAGCCAACCCUUCUUACAUCUUGAUGCCACAAACUCAGCUAGAAGUGGUUGAGGCCGGUACACAUCCUGCUGAAGUUGUUUCUAUGCUUGAAGCUUUAGCAUACACUGUCCACAGAAUGUCAAGCGAGAUAAAUUACAAAUGCUCAAUUGGUGGAGAUGCACAUGCAACAACGCUGGCUCUGUUGCAAUCUCUGUCAAGCUACACUUGGGAUGCCAAACUUGUCAUUGUCCUGGCAGCCUUUGCCAUUAGCUACGGCGAGUUCUGGCUCACUACUCAACUCCACACUGUGAAUCCUCUGGCCAAGCCAUUGGCACAUCUAAAGCAGCUUCCAAACAUGCUGGAACACACUGAUAUCCUAAAGCCAAGGUUUGAUGCCAUUAAUAAUCUAAUAGAGGCCAUGCUUGAAGUCACCAAAUGCAUUGUUGAGUUCAGAGAGCUGCCAUCUGAGUACAUAUCUCAUGAUGCACCGGAGAUGGCCAUGGCCUUGGCUCAUGUCCCAACUGCUGUUUAUUGGACCAUUAGAGGUGUCAUUGCUUCUACCUCUCAGAUCGUUAGUCUCGUUGGUCUUGGCCAUGAGUAA